CACACUCGACGGGGAAGAAAUGGACAGAUGCCAGCUCCAUGUGUGGGAGAUUGUGAGGGGAUGGUCCAUCCGCAUGGGAGCUCAUCAGAUCAACCGUCUUGAUUACUAAGACGUUUGGGCCCACUUAUUCUAACUCAAGCCCACGGUUACCCUUGCGUCAGGAUCAUAUAAUACCAUCCUGUGAAAUGCCUGACCGUAAUUCUUCAAAGAGGUUGAAGAGCUGACUCAGCGCCAGCAUGGCAAAUGUAGGCCGUGUGUUACAAGGCCAUUACAGUUGGAGCCCACCUAAAACAUUCUCUGGCCCAAAACCGGGCUUGGGGCCUGCCAGAAGAUCUCUCUGCUCUCUCCCUCUUAAAAAUUUCAAAACUCCAAUGCAUCCAACCACCACCACCAACGUACUCAAAUCCCUUCUACAAAACCCCUCUUCUAUCAAAUCAAGAUAUGAAGCCAAACAGCUCCAUGCCCAAAUCCUCAAGACCCCAUCCUCCUAUUUCAUCAACGCCAUCCUGUCCAUCUAUUCCAAUCUGGGCCUUGUCCAAGAGGCCCAUCUCACCUUCACCACCCUCCCCUCUCCCUCCACCCUCUCUUGGAAAUCCAUCAUCAGAUGCUACACCUCCCAUGGCUUCUUCCACCAAUCCCUCCUCUCCUUCAUCAGGAUGCGAGCCUCUGGCAAAUACCCAGAUCACAAUAUCCUCCCUUCCAUCCUUAAAUCCUGCGCCGGUUUGAUGGAUUUCAAGCUAGGCGAAUCAGUUCACGGCUGCGCGAUUCGGUCGGGGUUGGAUUCGGAUCUUUAUACUGGCAAUGCGCUGAUGAACAUGUAUUGUAAAUUGCUUGGUUUUGGUGUGGGAGGGGUUAAUCCUGGCACUGAGUGCUGUGUUCCGCUCGCCCGUAAAGUGUAUGACAGAAUUCCCGAAAGAAAACUUGUCAGGGAGACUUCAUGUGAUUUAAGUAGUUCCAGUAGUUUGGUUAGUGGAAUUUUGAAUGGAGAAUUUGGAGGUGAUGGAAAAAUAGGAAAAUUUGAUUCGAAGGGUGGUGAUGUUACUGGGGUAGGGUCUUUUGAUAAUUCUCAUGAAUUGGCAGAAGAACUUAAAAAAGGGAUCAUGAGUAAUGAGUUCUGCCGUAAUUUACAUCCAACGGUCGAUGGCUUUUAUGAGUUGCCUCUGAGAAAGGGUGGCAAAGAAGCCUUUUGUAUGGACAGCGUGAGAAAAGUGCUUAAUGGGAUGCCAGUAAGGGAUGUUGUGUCUUGGAAUACUGUAAUUGCAGGAAAUGCACAGAAUGGGUUGUAUGGAGAAGCACUAAUGAUGGUUAGAGAGAUGGGGUUGGCUGAUUUGAAGCCGGAUUCGUUUACUUUGUCUAGUGUUCUUCCUAUAUUUGCAGAAUAUGUUGAUGUUUCCAAGGGUAAGGAGAUUCAUGGGUAUGCUAUAAGACAUGGAUUUGAUUGGGAUGUUUUUAUUGGUAGCAGCCUGAUUGACAUGUAUGCGAAGUGCACUAGAGUGGACGAUUCACAACGGGUAUUUGGUCUCUUACCUCAACGCGAUGCAAUCUCGUGGAAUUCAAUAAUUGCAGGAUGCGUGCAAAAUGGGUUGUUUGAUGAAGGCCUGAGAUUGUUUCAGCAAAUGUUGGCGGCCAAGAUCAGGCCUAGGCAUGUCACAUUCUCGAGUAUCAUGCCAGCUUGUGCCCAUUUGACAACACUGCAUCUAGGGAAGCAGCUCCAUGGGUACAUAAUCAGGAGUGCGUUUGAUAAUAAUGUCUUUAUAGCUAGCUCACUUGUGGAUAUGUAUUCUAAAUGCGGAAAUAUUCGGAUUGCUCGGUGGAUCUUCAAUAAGAUGGAACUACCAGAUAUGGUGUCGUGGACAGCCAUGAUCAUGGGAUAUGCAUUGCAUGGGCACGCCGAUGACGCCCUCUCCUUGUUCUCUCAGAUGGAAAUGGAGAAUGUGAGACCGAACUAUGUGGCUUUUGUGGCAGUUUUAACUGCUUGUAGCCAUGCAGGAUUGAUAGAUGAUGCUUGGAAGUUUUUUAAAAGCAUGAGCGAAGAUUAUGGGAUUGCUCCCGGUUUGGAGCAUUAUGCUGCUGUUGCAGACCUUCUUGGUCGGGCAGGGAGGUUGGAGGAAGCAUACGAGUUCAUCUCAACCAUGCACAUCCAACCAACGGCUAGCGUGUGGUCAACCUUGUUGGGUGCUUGUAGAGUGCAUAAGAAUCUGGGGUUGGCUGAAAAUGUGGCAGAAAAAAUAUUUCAGCUUGAGCCUGAGAACAUAGGAUCACAUGUUCUUAUGUCCAAUAUCUAUUCAGCUGCUGGUAGAUGGAGGGAUGCGGCCAGCAUGAGAAUAGCAAUGAAGGGUAAGGGGUUAAGAAAAAAACCAGCUUGCAGCUGGAUUGAAGUUAAAAAUAAGGUGCAUGCUUUUAUAGUGGAUGAUAAGACCCACCCAUAUUACGAUAAAAUACAAGAGGCUCUGAAAGUUUUGUCAGAGCAGAUGGAGCGUGAAGGAUAUGUACCCAACACGGAUGAUGUGCUCCAUGAUGUUGAGGAUGAGCAGAAAAGAUACAUCCUGUGUGGCCAUAGUGAGAGGCUUGCUAUAGCAUUCGGCAUCAUAAGCACUCCUUCAGGAAUGACUAUUCGGGUGACGAAGAAUCUCCGUGUGUGCAUGGAUUGUCACACAGCUACCAAGUUUAUAUCCAAGAUAGUCGGAAGAGAGAUAGUUGUAAGGGAUGUUAGCCGAUUUCACCAUUUCAAGGAUGGGGAAUGCUCUUGUGGGGACUAUUGGUGAGUCCGAAGUGAGAGAGGAAAUGUACAAUGUUCGAUGGAGCAGUUGCUUGGCUCAAUGAGGUAACAAAACUGAUUGUGUCACCCACCUUGUGGUGAUCCAAGCCUCCAAUGUGAUGGACAGCACCAAAGAAAAUAUCUCACAUCGAAUGAUCUGAUUCUGUCUGGCUGGUUGGAUCCCAAUCAAAUGCAGACCAUUGGCUCAAAUGGAGCCACCAAUUGAUAUUUGGGGUAUGUCCCCACCCCAUAAUAGCGCUCACUAGAUGAUUGGCUCAGAUUACCAAAUGGUGGGUCCCACCUGCACUAUUGUUGCGUUGAAAAAAGAUUCCGCGAAGUGAUAUCAUGUUAUGUUUGUUAAACUGGGGGAUUUUUUGCAACCAGGCUGAAAAGGAUCUUGAGCUAUCCCUGCUCGUGGAGAGCAACUGAGUGACCGAAAUGCAUGCUACAAUCUGUCCUCAGCCAAAGAGGCGGAUGUCUCAUGGUCUUGCGUUAGAGUUGCUUCCCCAGUGGAAGAAUAUAUUUGGUCUCUUUUACCAAGCUUGUUCAUCCAAAGGAAUAUUCAUGUGCAUGAUCCAAAUAAUGCUACUUGUUCCUACUAGUCGGAGAGAGACAAUGGCAUCAAAUUUUGGGCAACAUUUAGUGAAUGGGAAAGAGGCACUGUAAAGACAUGCCAUCCUUGCCAUACUCCUUAGUGGGACCACAGAAUGCCGACUCGCCAAAAAAGUCACCAUCUUCCUUAGCGCCAUCCAUUUUCUUUCUACAUCCAGGUGCACUACACAGUGUUGUAAGCCUCUAUUACACAGCUAGUCAUCAGGCAAAUUGACUGACACAACUAUAUUAGAGGAGCAUGUAACAUGUAUUGGAAAUCAAUCAAUAGAAAUACAUGAAUCAUGAUUUUCUUUGACAA